AUGGAGCGGCAAUGGGCCGAGGCUCAGCCGGGCAGCACGGACUACUAUGCGGUGCUGAAUUUGCCGCGCUCAGCAUCCACAGACGACGUGCGGGACGCAUACAAGCGGCUGAGCCGUGUGUUCCACCCAGACCGGCACCGGCAGGCGGAGCGGCGUGAGUGGGCCCAGCGGCAGUUCCAUGUGAUUCAGCGCGCAUACGAGAUCCUGACUGACCCGUACCGGCGCGCGGCCUUUGACCAGCUGGGUGAGGAGGGGCUGCAUGCGAGCCUGGCGGUGAGCCACAAGCUGGAGUCGGCCAAGGACCUGCAGGACAAGUUUGAGCGCGAGGCGCGGCGGCGGCGGCUGGAGGAGGUCGAGCAGUGGGUGCAGUCCAAGUCGGAUGUGACGGUGGAGCUGGACUUGGCCAAGGCCGUGUCGCCGGCCGUGCAUAUGGCGCUGGAGCGUGCGGGCGUCGGCCGCCUGCCGCUGGACCAGCAGAUCAACGUCAAGCAGCUGUUCAUGAAGCACUCGUUCUCGGCUUCAGUGACCGAUGCUGUGACUGCCACUGUGACCGGCCACAUGGUGUCGCGUAACCGCCGCGGCGCUGGUAACCUGGUGGGUACGCUGAAGCGCACAAUUGGCCCCAGUUCCUGGGUGUCGGUCAGCGUACCGGCACUGCCGCCGUAUGUAGCCACCGUCAAGUCGUCGCACCAGCCGUCAUCCGACACCUUUGUCACCACGCAGACCACCAUGCACACGCUCAAUCUGGUCACGCCGCCGUCGGUGUCGGUUACUGCUGGCCGCAUGAUGACGCAGACCACCACUGCGUACAUGAGCAUGCGCACCGGCAACCAGUACGCGCUGGGACCGUUCUGGGACCGCAGUCCGACGCGCGUGCAGGCCAGUAAGGCUGCUGCGCGGCCGGUUGCGCGCGAACCCAGCGGUGUGUCGAUCGGGCUAUCGGGCAAGCGCAUGGAUUGCGACGAAUUUGUGGUGGACGUGGCCGCGGGCAUCCAGCAGUCGCAUGUGUCGCUGAACUGCACGCGUCGCCUGGACCGCCACUUCUCGGUCUCUGCCGGUCUGGUGCUGGGCCUGGGUGAGGCCUCGGCCAACGUUGGUGUGGAAGGCGAGCUGGACGAGUGGACCAAGGUCGGCUACCGCGUCAACUUUGGCCUGACGUCUGGCGUCAAGGCCACAUUGCACAUGAAGCGGCUGGGCCACCAGAUCGAGCUUCCGCUGCUGCUCUCGCCGCUGCUUGAGCCUGACCUGAUCCUGUAUGCCGCCGCCCUGCCUAUGGCUGUCUCUGCCGCUCUGCACUACCUGGUGCUGCGCCCGCGCCGCCGCCGCCUGAUUGCCGAGCGCCUGGCUGCGCUCAAGGAGGAGCAGCGCCACCAGCUGUUCCUGCAGAAGCGCCAUGCCAUGGAGGCCGUGCAGCUGAUCGCCGAUGCCGUUACCAGGCGCCGCGACCAGGCGCGUGCUGCUGGCGGCCUGGUCAUUGAGGCUGCGUUGUAUGGCGAUCUGCCGUUUGGCGUGGCGAGCCAGAAUUCGAAUCACGUGCAGGCCCUGCUUGAUUCUCUGGCAGAGUCGCAGCGCGCUCUGGCUACAGCCGACGAGCCGCGUGCCUGCGAUGUGGCAUUGGCGCUGCAGGCGCUGGUGAACGACGACCAGCUGGUGGUGGCUGCGGGCGCCAGCAAGCGCUUCCUGCCCGGGUUCUACGACCCGGCCUUUGCCAAGGACAAGCAGCUGUUUGUGCGCUACCGCUUCCAUGGCCGCCUGCACGAGGUGCUGGUGGGCGAUGAGCAGGCUCUGGCGAUUCCGAUGAAAGCCCAUUGCAUCGACUCGUGA